AUGGUCCAAAUUCCGGGUUUUGAGGGGAUGCAAUACUCCCGCGAUGGCACUCAAGCUGAGAAACAGGACUACGCCUACUUCAACCAGCAAUAUGCAACCUCAACUUACCAGGUUGAUCACAAUAUGUACCCAGAUCUCAUCGUUCAGCCGAAAGGAGACGAAGACGUCAUCAAGGCUGUAAUUUGGGCCAGAGAGAACAAAGUCGCUAUUGCUGUUAAGAGUGGCGGUCACCAGUACAGUGGUGCGUCGUCUACCAGUGGCAAGAACAUUCAGAUGGACCUUAGCAACACGUACAAGGACUUGAUGGUUCUGAACCCCCAUGGCCCCAUUGACAAAGAUAGAGCCCUGGUGUACGUUGGCGUCAGCAAUCAACUCAAAGAGCUCAACACAUAUCUUAAGCACAACCAACUGUUUGUCCCCCACGGAGAUUGCGCUUACGUAUGUGUGGGUGGGCAUGGUCAAACUGGUGGCUAUGGCCAGCUUGGCCGUGGCUUUGGCCUUUUUGGCGACCACAUCAGAACCAUUCGUAUGGUCUGUCACGACGGUGUCAUUCGAGACAUCUCUAAAGAGAACGACUUCGAGUUUUUCUAUGCCAUACUCGGGGGCAGUCCAGGUAAUUUUGGCAUCAUCUCACACUAUACCGUCGAGGUGUAUCAAGCCAAGAGCUACAUGGGGACUAUUGCCGGCCCAAACGGAUUCAAGGGACCACAUGGCAUCAAAGGAUUCUGGAUCUACUCCCCCAAUGUCCUCAAAAAGCUGCUUACCGCCGUCGCACAAAUGGCCGACAAUGCCAAGGUCCCGCGAGGCUUUGACCUCACUGUUAACGUCCUCAGCACCGACUUUCCCAUCGCGAUGCUAUUUCCCUCAUUGAAUAAUGCUAGUCUUUGGGAACACAUUCAAAACAAGAUCAAGAACGCCCUUGCGGAUGAAUUUCUUGAGUGGCUCAAUGGUCGCUUCCCCGCCGUCAUCAUAGUUAAUGCGCAAUGGUGCCCUACCAGCAAGAAGGAUAAGUAUGACGAGAGUGUUGAUCAAUGGUUCAACAAGUUCCGGGUCCUCAAGAGUUUCUUCGAAAAUGAGACUCUCCUCAUCGACGAGUUCGAAGAGGAUAUGUCUCGAAUGACUGGAAGAUGGAUCCUCCCCAGGCGGCGAGAGUUUGAUCUCCCUUAUGUCAAGCGCACCUACUCUACCAACUCGAAGUCUCUCGAAAAGGACGGCUGGGUCGACUCGGUCAUUGAUCGCAUCGACUUGAUCUAUAACCCGCGCCAGUUACUCGAUAAUAACCCAGGGGAUAAGGAGUACGAGGUCUACACCCAUUGCAAGCUUGCAACGCAGAUCCAAUGCUAUGGAGGCGUCAAUUCGCACUUCUAUCUAAACAAAGAUAACGGCACUUCCUAUAGCUGGAGGGACACGUCGGUUGUCCAGACGCUGGACUGUUUUCAUGAACUGGGUGACAAGUAUAAAGAGUAUGCCGAAAAGUGGCAGGCCAAGAAUGACUCUGUUAUGGUUGGUCCCUCGAGCCCGUUUAGUAAGCAAGACAGACGUUUGCUCUGGGGCUCUUACGGCGACUGGGACUUGGGGAAGCAGGAGGUUUGGGAAUGUUAUUACGAGGAUACGGACAAGUACCAGAAACUGGGUAGAGCAAGGGGUAAAGCUGAUCCUAACGGUACCUUCACUGCAAACCUGUUUGCUGUUUCAGCUAUUGAAACAAAGGGCGCUUAA